UCUGAUAUCCGCGGGAAAGGAAACACAAACACCACCUACCUACUCCGUGUGCCGCCGUAGCAGCAGCCUCCUUCCGCCGUCGGCAUGGAAGCAUCCCUCAGAGACUCAACAACCUCUACUCCGUCGCAUGCCGCAUUCUCCGGUCCAGCUGGAGUCUGUCUGAUGAGAAAUGCAUGGAAAGAGGAUCAACAUCCAUCCUUCAUCAAUUUUAUCUCCAGUUUCCUCUGUGCCAAUUCCUUUCGCCUUAAUUUUGUGCCAAUUGCCCCAGACUUUAUUUUCAAUUGUGGAGGGUUGUCAGUAGCCUUCAUUUUUGUAACAAACUGGGACUGCAACUGCGUCGCUCCAAUCUUCAACAGAGUUCAGAAACUGAAGACUCAAUUUUCACGUUUUUAUGUUGUUGUCACACUCCCAGCAAAAGAACAAAUUGAUUCAUUUACUCAAUCAUAUUUCAAAUUUGGGAUGGUGAUUGGCAAGCCUACAUUUGUACCUGUUAAGGACUUGGAAAUGGGGUUUGAGAAGAUAGUAAAAAUAGCUCAUUCUUCUGGAGUAUACAAGCAGGAGAGAAUUGGAGAAAAAUUGAAAGCUGAGAGGAAGCAGUUGGUGCAAGGAAUGGACUUUUACCUCAAAGCCGUUACAGGCAUCCCUGGCAUUGACAAUCAUGAUGCAAAUGCGCUUAGUGCUAUUGGUUCUGUCCAAGGAAUUGCCAAGGCAUCAAAAGAGCAAAUUCUGGCAAACACUGAUCUUUCUACUGACAAGGCAGAAAUAGUUUCAAGGUUUCUCAGGGACCCAGAGUUUUACUUGCGUCCUAAGAUCAACUGAUGGCAGAGAAAAAUUGGAAUCCAGGGUGUAAUUUUUACUUUGUUGAAAAAUAAGCAGCUCUUUACACUGUUUUCAUGUAGGGUCUGUUAUUUUUUCUUGGUCUUGUUAACUUCUGUAUGAAGGGACUCGUAGUUCCAAUCUUAUCUAAUGUUUCAUCAUAAGUGAUAACACGCCCUAUUAUCUUGUCUCCCAUGACAGACACAAGCAGAUCAAAAGC